ACCGUUUCAGUUCCGCUGUCGCAAUGGAAUCAAACAAGGACGAAGCGGAACGCUGCAUAGAGAUAUCUAUCGCGGCGCUGCGAAAUAACCAACCGGACAAAGCUCGAAGAUUCCUGGAGAAGGCACAGAAACUGUUUCCCACACAAAAGGCACAACGUUUAUUAGAAUCUAUAGCUCUGAAUGGAAAUGCACAUGGCAGUAAUAAUAACUGUGGAGAAAACGAGGGUAGUGGAGUUCGACACCGAGCCACCAGUGAUGCAGCGGAGAAAUCAGAAGACGGUGCUACAGAUGGAGCCAAGUCAUACACAACAGAACAACUGGAUGCAGUGAAACAGAUAAAGAAGUGCAAAGACUAUUACGAGAUUUUGGGAGUCAGUAAAGAUGUGUCGGAUGACGAUCUGAAAAAAGCUUAUAGAAAACUGGCUUUAAAAUUCCAUCCUGAUAAAAACCAUGCUCCGGGUGCUACCGAGGCAUUUAAAGCUAUUGGGAAUGCGUAUGCCAUACUUAGUAACACAGAGAAGCGGAAGCAGUAUGAUCUUUAUGGUGAGGAGAAAGUUCACCAUUCACGUCAUGGCCAUUCUCACCAUGGUUUUGAGGCAGAUAUUUCACCUGAGGAUCUCUUCAACAUGUUCUUUGGAGGUGGAUUCCCAUCAAGUAAUGUCCAUGUUUAUAGUAAUGGGAGGAUGAGAUAUGGACACGCCCAGAGGCAUGAACGAAGAGAACAACGGAGAGAUGGAAGCCUUGCACUGUUUGUUCAGCUGAUGCCCAUUCUCAUCCUCAUUGUAGUUUCAGCCCUUAGCCAGUUGAUGGUGUCCAGCCCUCCCUACAGUCUAAGUCACAGGCCAUCCUCAGGGCACACAAACAAGAGGCAAACAGCUAAUCUGAAGGUGCCUUACUAUGUGGGUGACCACUUUUUAGAAGAAUAUACUGGAAAGCACCUCAAGAACAUUGAGCAAAAUGUAGAGGAUGAUUACAUUUCAAACCUUCGAAAUAACUGCUGGAAGGAAAAGCAGCAGAAGGAAGGGCUUUUGUAUCGAGCACGAUAUUUCGGAGAUUCAGACUUGUACCAAAGGGCCCAGAAGAUGGGUACACCCAGUUGUUCAAAGCUGUCAGACAUUCAAGUCCUUUUACAUGGACACUGAAAAACAAGAAGAUCAUUGAAGAAGACCAACUAAAAUCUCACCAAACGUUCCCUAAAUUAGAGUGGGAAUUUGCUGUGGUUAAAAAAAACAAAAACAAAUAAUCUAUCUCCUUGCAGCAGCAGGCAAUUUUCUUUCCUCUCUCCAACAAUGCCCAUAAAGAUAAAGUGAGGUAUUGUUGUGUAGCUAUUGCCGAGGUCUGAAAAACAGCACAAACACAAUUGUGUUGAUUUGAAAGUAAAUCAUGAUGCUUUAUGAAUGUAAAACAUGAACAAAUAAGGUUAUUCCUAAUGGAAAGUUAUGCUCCAAGCUUAAUGUCCUUUUUUUUUUCUUUCAAUGUUUUCAUGCACCCAAGUUUUCUGCAAUUCAUGAAAUUCUUCGGGUUAUCUGCUCAAAUCUUUGGAUCAUCUGAGCCAGUUCAUUUUUUACAGGAAGAUCUUCAAAUUCAGUUUUUAAUUGUUGCCAUUUUAUUUAAUUCAUCAUUGUAGAUCGCCUGUUAGGGAUUUUUUAAGAAGCAGUUGAGAUUAAUGAAAAGAUUUUGACCUGUAUUUAUUAAAAUUCUAUCACCUA